ACUUGAAAACAGAGAAGACUAGGCAAUGUCAAGAAAACUACAGAAGAAAAACAAUUAACAUUAGCAAUAAUUACUAUUGCUGGAAUAUAAAAGCUGACAUGUCUGAUGCUGUUUAUGACGAUGUGAUCAGGACUGAGUCUCAGAGAGUGGAGAUGAUGGUGGCUAUCUAUGAGAGUGUAGAUUGUGUGAGAAAUCUUGACUUCAGGACAGAGACAAACACACAUCAACCACCUCAGCAAACAGAUGGAUGGUUUUACUAUCAUUCUAGCUGUUACUACAUUUCCCCUGAGUGGAAGAACUGGACUGAGUGCAAAAGAUACUGUACAGAGAGAGGAGCAGAUCUGAUCAUCAUAAACAAUGAAGAUGAGCAUAAUUUUAUUAUGAAAACAGUUGGUAAUUAUGAAGCCUGGAUUGGUCUGAUUGACACUGAUGUAGAAGGAACAUGGAAAUGGGUUGAUGGCAGCACACUGACCUCUGGGUUCUGGUUGUCUGGAGAGCCCAAUGGAGAUAGAGGAGAGAACUGUGUUGUGUCUUAUUCAUCAGGGUGGAAUGACUAUCCUUGUCAUUUAGUUUUGACAUGUAUCUAUCGCUUGUUUCCGUUCGUGUGUGAGGUUCAUGUUCCAGCUUCUCUGCUCCCGGAUUUCUUUGCCUGGAUUCUGUUCCGGUUCUCUCCUUUUCCUGGACUGGUUCCCGGAGGCUAG